AUCUCUUGAUGCAUCUUCUUUACACAAAAAUGGAAGAAUCGUCUACCUAUCUUGCAAAAAAGAGGUAUGCAGUAGUUACAGGGGCAAACAAGGGGAUUGGAUUUGAAAUAUGCAAGCAGUUGGCUUCCAAAGGGGUCAUGGUGGUCUUGACGGCUAGGGAUGAGAAGAGGGGUCUUGAAGCUGUAGAAGAGCUCAAAGAAUCUGGUCUCUCUGAAAACAUAGUUUUUCACCAACUUGAUGUCACUGACCCUACCAGCAUUGCUUCACUCGCGCAUUUCAUCAAGAUCCAAUUUGGAAAGCUUGAUAUCUUGGUGAACAAUGCAGGAGUUGCAGGAGCCAUCAUAGAUUCAGAUGCUUUUGUCAGAGCAGUUGAACUUGUUGGUGAUUGGCCAACUGAAGAUAAAGUGAACUGGAAUGAGAUUGCAACUCAAACUUUGGAGUUGGCGGAAGAAUGCUUGAAAACAAACUACUAUGGUGUUAGAAGAAUGGUUGAAGCACUUGUUCCGUUUCUAAAGUUAUCUGAUUCGGCAAGAAUUGUAAAUGUUUCCUCUUAUUUGGGACUACUGAAGGUAUUACAUAACCCUAUUUCCAUGUGUGCUUGAUGUUCAUUGUUCAAAAUCAUAUGUUCCAAAAGCUUAAUUGAGAUGUUUUUUCUCACGUUGAUUCAGCACAUUCCCAGUGAAUGGGCUAAAGGAGUGUUAAGCAAUGAUGAAAGCCUAACAGAAGAGAGGAUUGAAGAGGUCUUGAAUGAGUUUCUUGAAGAUUUCAGAAAGAAUGUGCUGAAAGCCAAAGGAUGGCCUACUUAUCUGGGAG